AAUAGCAACAGCCUGUGUCACUGGAAAGGGCAAAGCCUUCUGAAAUAGCAACAAAGUUGUGCACAAACCACUUUGCAGUCUGCAUUUGGUUUCAGCCAGCUACAGCAACUUGUUGCAAUGAGGAAAAUCAGCUGGGCUUUCCUGGCUGGCCUGCGGAGGACGGCCACCCUCUGAGGGGCUUCCAGCUGAGGCAACGAUGGCACCUGGGCAGAGUGCAGAGGAGCUGGGCCAGCAGUGCCAGGUGAUGAGAGCAGGGGAGGAUGAGGAGGGCAGCAGAGGCAGCGGGCACCUCCACCAGCUGCCGGCUGCAGCAGGUUGUGGAACAUUUACUUUACUAUCUUCUGCCAUUGCUGCUGUAAGUGGACUUCUGAUGGGUUAUGAGUUGGGCCUUAUCUCUGGAGCUCUUCUUCAAAUGAGUAGCAUAUUAGCGCUCUCUUGCAAAGAGCAAGAAAUCAUUGUGAGUUCCCUUCUUUUUGGGGCCUUAUUUGCAUCACUCACUGGUGGAUUCCUGAUAGAUCGUUUUGGAAGGAGAUUUGCUAUUAUUAUUGCAUCAUCUCUACUUGUGUUGGGAAGUCUGAUUUUACUGCCCCAUGAAUCAUAUGGAAUACUUAUUGUGGGACGAAUUGCCAUAGGUAUUUCCAUAUCAUUAUCAUCAAUCGCAACUUGCGUGUAUAUUGCUGAGAUCGCCCCACAGCACAGAAGAGGCCUUCUCGUUUCAUUAAAUGAACUCAUGAUUGUGAUAGGCAUUCUCUUUGCCUAUAUUUCAAAUUAUGCAUUUGCCAGCGUAUCUCAUGGCUGGAAGUAUAUGUUUGGCCUUGUGAUUCCAUUAGGCGCCUUGCAGGCUAUUGCCAUGUAUUUUCUUCCGCCAAGUCCUCGUUUUCUUGUUAUGAAAAAUAACGAUGAAGCUGCAAGAAAAAUACUGGAGAGGCUACGGGAAACUUCGGAUGCUACUAAAGAACUCACUGUGAUCAAGUCUUCCCUGAAAGAAGAACAUCAGUAUAGUCUCAUGGACCUGUUUCGUUCAAAGAACAACAUGAGGGCCCGAAUGCUGGUAGGGCUCACGCUAGUCUUUUUUGUGCAAACAACUGGGCAACCCAACAUUUUAUUUUAUGCAUCAACUGUUUUGAAGUCGGUUGGGUUUCAGAGCAAUGAAGCUGCCAGCUUGGCUUCUACUGGAGUCGGAGUGGUUAAAGUGGUCAGCACAGUUCCAGCCACAGUUUUUGUGGAUAAAGUUGGAAGUAAAACUUUCCUGUGUAUUGGUUCUUCUGUUAUGGCAGUAUCAUUGGUCACUAUGGGCUUAGUGAACCGUAACAUACAUAUGAAUUUCACCAAUGUCUGUAGAAGCCAGUCUUCAGAGGAUACCUAUCAGACACCAGGAAACUUUACUGGUGUCACCAAUGGGAGUCUCAAGGACCUCUUUUCUAGUAUGGCUUUACCAGAAAGACUCUUAUUCGACAUGCAGAGAAACCUUGAUGUCACCAGGACAGAAGAACUGAACAGGACUACCCCAACAGGAGGCAAAAGCAUGGUGGGGUCUCACACAGAGAGUGGGGAGGUUCCUGUUGUCCUAAAAUGGGUCUCGCUGGCCAGCCUGCUUGUUUAUGUUGCUGCAUUUUCCAUAGGUCUUGGACCAAUGUCUUGGCUGGUUCUGAGUGAAAUUUUCCCUGGUGGGAUCAGGGGACGGGCCAUGGCUUUGACAUCUAGCAUGAACUGGGGAAUAAACCUCCUCAUCUCCUUGACGUUUUUGACUGUCACCGAGCUUAUUGGCUUGUCCUGGGUGUGUUUCAUUUACACAAUAAUGAGCCUAGCAUCCUUGGCUUUUGUUAUUGUGUUUAUACCAGAGACGAAAGGAUGCUCGUUGGAGCAAAUAUCCAUGGAACUAGCUAAAGAAGGACUGCCCCAAAAUAGAUGGUGGUUUCCAGCAACACUAAUGACUGCCAGACUCUCCAUUUCAUUUGCUGAGUGGCCUUUCGAGGAAGAGGGAGCCCUGCUCUCCCAUUUGAGCUGUAUGCUUUGGCUUGCAGACAGGGAAAGGGAAGGAGAAUGACCCUGUCUCCAGUACUUCAAGCCUCCAUGUGAGUUUUCAUAGCUUUAUUAGAUGGGACUUUUUGUGUGUUUACUAAGUCUUGUGGCUUUGUGGAGUCAAUUUUUAUUAUCAGUGUGAUGCUGAUAAUCCCUCUAUCCUUUUCAGUUCUUUUAGAUUUGAAUAUAUAUAUAUAUAUAUUCAUGAAUAUAUAUAUUAUAUUCAAAACAAAGCAGACUCUCCUAAUGAAUCCGAAGAGGACGUGUACCUGCUUUUUCACCAGCCCAAAACCAAACGGCAGCAUGGCUUCCAUACUGUUCUGGCAGAGGCCUGGGCCUGGGCCUGUGAGGGGUGGCGGUGGUUGGUGGGGGUACUCCUCCCAUGCAAUGCGUCCUACUGACACUCAAUAGAAGUUUUUAUUUAUUUGUUUGUUUAUUUAUUUUAUUCUCCAGUAAAUAUACAAAGACCCCCUUGUGCUGGAUGAGCCAGCACAGGGAGAAGCUGGUGCCAGUGGAACUUCCCAACAGGGAGAAAGAACAGUUCUACUAGAGCUGGGGGCAACCAAGGCAGCCUUUCCCAAAAGACUGACUCCGAAAAAAAAUAACGCUGACACUACGAUGGGACACAUGGUAUCUUUGUUAUACACAAGAUAAUCUCUCUCUUAUUUCUUAGUAGAUCUUCUUUCAGUGGCAGUUUAUGGCCAACAUUAAAGAUUGUUGUAGUUUAUAACUCAUUAGAACACCAGGCUCCAUCUGUUUCAAACCAGAAUCUCUCACCUCCCCUAGGUUACUCUGACACACAGGAGGUGCAUGGAAGCCAGAAUGCUAUGCACAGUCCUUGUUAUCUAUACUCAGCAAGAGCUCAGAGGUGCAAAGAGCUACUGGGGUGCCAAAGAGUAGGAAGAGUCUGUCUCACAGGAGGAGACUGCCAAAGACAGGUCAUUGGGCCCAACACAGGGCACGCUAGACUUCAGAGCGGCACAAAGGGAUUUCUGAAACAGUCAUCUCUGCGAACUAUAACUUAUGUCACUCCAAGUCUUGGUUAUUGCUCACCAAAUGUAUCCUAAAUUACUGAACCAGCCUUAUAAAGGGUUAGCAAUAUGGCUCCCACAAAAUAGCUCUAUUUUUCCUAAAAGGUUAAUGAACUGUGGUAGAAUGAUGAGUAGAUUAAUACUUAUUAGCAGAUAAGUAAAUGGCCCAAGUACCUGCAAACACUUAGAAACACGCUAACUGUCUCAGCAGCCAUACAGUGGCAUUUCUCUCAGCAUUUAAUAGAGGAAGUAAGACUGACACGGUCAGCUGGAGUACUGAUUCUACUUUGGACUACGCACAUGAUCCCACUUUAUUUGCUGUCUCAUAGCAUUAAAACCACCUGACCACAUUCUGCACUAAAGUAACUUACCAAUCAUUGUGAAGUUCUACUCCCGGCCAGACUGAAUCAGUUCAGAUCAGAUUCUGAGACUGUCACACAUUUAUACACUGACUUUGUAAUUUUAGAGGAGAACAUCUAUUCAUACAAUUAGCAUGUGUUCAAAAUAUGAAAAGAAACUAACAAUGGCAAGGUCAUGAUUUACCAGAAGUCACUGGAAAUUUAGCUACCUCGAGACUUUAGCUAUCUACUGGCCAAAUCUGUGCCACAACUUUCUUGCACUGUAAGCUUUUAUGGGACUAGUGUCAAAAUCUUGUUGGACUUUUUGUUCAAAGGUCAGACAAGUUCUCAUCACAACACAGGAUUUUUAACUAAGCAGAUCCUGUGUCAUCUAAAGCAAGCAAAACUCUUGAAGAAGCUCUUCCACCAGCCUUCUAGGUGAUUGGUGAGCUGGCUGGCUUAAAGCUGCCUUAUUUUUUCUGUUCUGAUCCAAGAGCCAUCAGCCCUCACAGCAACCGUAUGAGUAUUACAAGACCGGUCUGCUUUCAGGAAUGCAUAUAUUAAUGCGCAUAAGGCUCAGCAAGAUUGAGCUUAGGGCACAUGCAAUAUAUCAAAGAUUAAGUAAAAUCUGCUGAUAAAGGUACGUGUAAGCACUAUUGACAUAGUCCAUAAGAAGCAAGAAGAGACCAAGCACACACAGGCUACACAAACAGUGGGGCUGUGCGCCUAAGCUGCAGGUGACUCAGAGUGAAGACCCAUUCAGAAGGAGUAAGAUCAAGGGCCUCAGGUUCUCAUUGAUGAAAGGAUUAGCCAAGCUGGGGGUAAUAUACAGGAUUCCCAUCCCAAGUUCAAAUCCCACUCUGGACCAGAUGUACUUCCAGCUUUCCCAUAGACGUGGAAAACUUUGGUUUCUAUUACUUUGAAUUUUCCAAUAAAAAUGAAGACCUGCCUAGAAUUUUGUCUGAGCACUACAGUUGCAAUAAAUAACAAGCUGUUAGAAGAGACCUCUUUGCCACUGCAUGGAAGAGACCCUGCAGCUAAGAGUCUCCUUGCAUUUUCCUGGCUGCACCAGUAACAGUUUACUCAACACUGCAGCAGUGACAAAGGUAAGUGCAUUCCUGUAACUUCUGCAAUUAGUCAUGAAAAGGAUGCAAAAUGUAUGAAAGCUCAGUCACAGUAUAGCAAUGCAAGGAUAGCUGGGUUGGAGCCAUGUAUGGGGAAGGCACACAGAAAGGCGGGAGUGCUUUUGGAAAUGCAAGUGGAAGUGAAGACAGAAGUGGACACUGGCAGUAGAGGGAAAGGGGAAGCAAAGUUUUUAAUUGUAGAUGAGUAUUCACCAAAGGCUGAAUUUUUACCUGAAUUUUUCACACAUACCUCAAAGCUCUGACUGAUUCAAGAACCAGAAAAUAGCCAUAGCAUACAAGAUUUUUUUUUUUUUUUUUGAAUGCUUGGUUCAGCAUCUUGAGUCAGCCUUAAUUUUUUCCUUAGGCCCAAAUGAAGGAUAGUUUUGAUAAAUAUCAGUGUCACAUUACUACAGAAAAACAAAAACAAAACAUUCUCUUAUGGAAAUGGAAAGUAUAUUAAAAGAUUGGUUAAACUGCUGGUGCCAUGUAGUCCCUAAUGAGUGUGUGUGAAGCCUACUAAACACUAGUAAAAAGCAAAAGAUCUGAAAGUUGUUCUCAAGCACCUGCAAAAGUCUACUGCAGGCUGGGCCUGCUAAUACUGUAACACUUUUUUUACGUCAACACUGGCAUUUUUUUAAAUAAAACCCCUAAGUUACACUAUCUGUUGUAAACACUUGGCAAGUCAUCUUAUCAAAAAAACCUGAUGGAUCCACCAUUUUUUGAAUUCUGUGCAUUGGCUCCUUCCACGUUAUUCAGCACUGAUGUCUACUGAAAUCUCUCCACCUGCUGGUGGCUGUGUUUUAUUCGCGUGCGCUGUGCCAAACCAGCUUCACAAGACAUCUUCAGCUGACUCCGGGUAGUCUUUCAAAUAUGCUGCUAGUUUAUCACAUUCAUUCCUAUACUAACAAACGUCUGAGAUUAAAUCAAGGAAUAAAAUGUAGUUUUAGUGGCAGCACAUUGCAGAAAAUUCACACAUUUCUUGAUCUGAGACUUGACUGUGAUUGCCAGCAUUUCCAAUAGCAUUACUUGCUCUGGUUGGUACUGCUUUUGGAUAGCUGAACAUACUUUUGCAUGUGCAAUCCAAGCCCAUACUGGCUUAUAAUUCCUAUUACAUCACACUGAGUGCAAUGGGCUUCUGUAAAAUCCUGCUGAGCAUCACCGCUUCCAAAAUAAAUCUCUGCUGUAAUAAAUUCUGUAAGUGUUCUCACAAAAAUAAAUUUAACUUGGGAAAUACCAUGGGAAUUGUCUCUCCAGAGACAGAGAUUUUGGCUUCAUGGUGAGCUUUUCUGAACUUUCCCCACACACAAAUAUUUAGUGCAGAAAUAAAUAAGUAAAAAAUCUAGUAUUUUUGAAGAAGGCAUAGUUCCAACACUGGUUCAACUGCAGAGACUAACAGUUUUGGGUACCUCUAAAGGUGAUAUGCUGAGGUCAAGGGCUUUUUUACUCAUUAUGGCUUUAACCUUAAUUGUACUCCUAUAGAUGUAGACCUAUCUAGCCUUGUAAAUGUAGCCCUAAUUGUACCUCUCUUUCAUAACAAAGCCUGCACAUCUGAUGACACAGAGCUAGGACUUACAGCUUCCCACUAACUAUUAAAAUACAGGGCAAAAAGAGACAUCUCAUGUAUCACAUCCCUCUGAAGGACUAUCCAAAAAGUUUCUUAAGAUCUAAAAUUAUUCACUGACUUCAUUAAGAGACUGGAUUACAGAACAGAAUGAACAUGCUUAUUAAAUUUGCAGGCAGUAUUAAAGUGAGAGAGACUGUGUUAGAACUCAGAGCUUAGCAAAUUACUGACAGGGGUAUGAAAAAAACCAAUAUAAUUGCAGAAGGGUAAAUGCAAUUUUCUCUGGUUACGCUGUCUAACUGCAAGUCAGAGAAUGACAAAAUGGAGAUCGGUACACGCAGUUAAAGAUCUAGUGGCCAUGACAACUCAAAAGCUAGCAAUGAGUCAGUUCUCAUCCUGCUGCAAAAACGAGUCCUUAGUAAGUUGUAUAAAUAGAACUGGCUGUUCUCUCAAAGGAAUGUGAAAUAGACUUCUUAUGGCACUGCUAGUGUCACAGCUGAGCACUGUGCAGAAAUUUGUACGUGAUCCAACCAGAGAAUCUAGGAGCAAACAGGCAGAACUAUGGAAACCAAGGCCAUUGAGGAAGAGCUGAUUGAUUGACAGGUUUAAUCUAAACGUGAAGAGAGGCAUAGAGCGUGCGCGUGUACAGAAAUAAACUGCAGCAGCAAGGCUUAUUGCAACUCAAUGCUGGGACCUGCAGUUUUACAGCAGUAAUGGGAAACACAGUGAUAUCCCUGAGGAUGAGUGUACACCACCAUCUUCGUCAUCUGUGGUUUUAGAACAUGUUUGUCUCAAACAGACUCAGUCUCCCUUGCAGCUAGGAAUAUACAUUUCAAGAAAUCUUUUAUUUACUAUCAUUCUCUUUCUCAGUGCUACCUUGUCUGCAAGUUUGGUAGGGUGCUUUUUGGCUCACUUACUGGUUGUUUUUAAGGUCUCUAACAAAACUAAAUCUAGCAUGAACCUACAAAACACUUUAGAAGAAAGAAAGAGUUCCUAUUUUAGAAUACGUUCCUCAGUUGGAAGGGACCUACAAAAAAUCAUAAACUCCAACUGCUUGUUCACUUCAGGGCUAGCCAAAAGCUAAAGUCUGUUACCAAGGGCAUUAUCCAAAUGCAUAUUGAACACUGACAGGCAUGGGGCAUCAACCAUCUCCCUGUCCAUUUCUCCUCCCCAGGGAGCUGCAGAGAGCAGGGAGGUUGCCUCCAGGCCUCUUCUUCUCCAGACUGGACAACCCAAGUGCCACUUGUCUAUCCUCAUAGGAUAUGCCUUCCAGACCCGUCACCUGCUUUGCUGCUCUCCUCUGAAUGAUUUCAAGGACCUUAGCAUCAUUUCCGUAUUGUGGAGUCCAGAGCUGAAGACAAUAUUCAAGAUGAGGCUGCACCAGUGCUAAAUACAGCAAGAGAAUAAUUUCUUUUAACUGUCUAGCUAUACUGUUUAAUGUACCCCAAAAUACAGAUUGCCCUCUUGGCUGUUA